UACUGGUGGGUUGAAUGUCGUUUUCUCCCAAUAUAGAAAAAAGAAAGAUUAAGAAAUUAAAUCGUACUCCCUUACUAGUUUUCCCCAAAAAAUGGGGGAAAAUAAACAGGGCAGAGGUCAAAAAUUGAGACGAGAGAUUGACCCGGAAACUACGCUGUCUGAGUGAGCGGGGAAGGCAAGGCGUGCAUCAACAUGGUUCAUUUCGGCACGUGAAGGGCCCAAAAACCGCCGGAGAGGAGUUAGAAAACUGCCGGAUUAUAGUGAGAGAGAGAGAGAAAUUAUAUACGUUUGUUUUUCGAUAUUGUGCAAAGGAAUAUCAGGAGGUUACAGAGAGAAAAGCAUUUAGAGGGAGAGAGAGAGAGAGAUGGGGGGAUGUUGUUCGGAUGUGAGGGGAGGGCAGCAGGCGGUGGGAGGGGCCCAGCAAGCGACAGGGAAUAUUGGUGGUGGUGGGAACAACGACGCUGUAGACUUUUUCUUUAAGACCAAAGGUCUUCACACUCUCUGCACUCCAAUGGAGUUAUCUUUAUCAGCUACAAAAUUACGCGACCGUGACAUUGUUUCUAAGAGUGAUCCUAUGGCAGUAGUUUAUAUAAAGAACUUGGAUGGAUCACUUGAGGAGCUUGGUCGCUCGGAAGUGGUAAUGAACUCGUUGGAUCCUGCAUGGAUUGAGAAAAUUAAUGUUUCUUAUCAGUUCGAGAUACUGCAGCCCUUGGUCUUUCAUGUGUACGAUGUUGAUACAAAAUACCACAAUUUACCUGCGAAGAUGUUGAAGUUGAAGGAUCAAGAAUUUCUUGGUGAAGCCAGUUGUGUUCUCUCUGAGAUAGUUACUAAACUAAGUCGGAGAUUGACUCUAAAGCUUCAGAACAAACAUGGCCGCAGUGGUCUGAAAAACUUGGGGACACUUACUGUCCAGGCAGAGGAAACUGUUGCUUCAAGGAAUGCUGUUGAGAUAACAUUUCGUUGUUCACACUUGGAAAACAAGGACCUAUUUUCCAUGAGCGAUCCUUUCCUAAGGAUUUCUAGGAUUGUUGAGAAUGGAGGUUCUGUACCAAUUUGUAAAACAGAAGUUGUGAACAACAACUUGAAUCCACUUUGGAAGCCCCUAUCUCUUACUACACAGCAAUUUGGAAGCAAGGAAAAUCCGUUGGUUAUCGAGUGUUUUGAUUUCAAUGGCAAUGGCAAUCAUGUAUUAAUCGGUAAACUGCAAAAGUCAGUCGCAGAUCUUGAAAAAAUUCACAACGAAAAAGUUGGUGCAAAUCUCAUCUCGCCACCUUCUCGUCUUCGAAGUCAUGAGAAGGUUCUGAAGAGCCAACUGUUUGUGGAUAGAAUUGUUGAGAAGAAACUGAACAGUUUUCUUGAUUAUAUCUCUAAUGGAUUCGAGCUUAACUUUAUGGUAGCUGUUGAUUUUACUGGUAAUUUUACUGGUAAUUAA